AUGCCUGAGGUGGCUGCUGCGGUUAAGCGUGUUGUGUCCCACAAGGCGUCGAAACGGUCGUCGACUAAAGUCAGCAAGAAGCUGCCCAAGAAGUGGAGGAAAUCUCGCAAGCAGAGUUAUUCCACUUACGUGUACAGGGGGCUGACCCAUGUCCACCCCUCCACCAGGUGCUUGUCCAAAGCCAUGAGUGUCAUGAAUUCCUUUGUUGUCAACAUUUUCAAGCGCAUUGCCCCCAAGGCCUCACACCUCAUUCGCUACAACAAGCGUCACACCAUCUUGGCCAAGAAGAUCCAGCAUGCCAUCCGCCUCAAGCUGGCCAAACACACCAUCUCCAAAGGCACCAACACAGUCACCAAGUACACCAAUUCCAUUUAG